AACUGCUUCGGGAGCGCGGGUACGACGACCUGGCAGAGACCACGGCGCGCAUUGAGCGGCGUGCCCAGCAGCUCCAAGAGAACAACAACGACGACGAGAGCGGCUCGGAGGAUGAGUCGCCAGCCACCGGCGAGCCAGUCAAUCCAUUUGAUCUGCUCAACGAUGCUGCAGCGUCUGAGGAAGAGGAGGAGGAAGAGGAGGACGUGGAGCAACCAGAGAUACCUGUAGUCGAGGAGAAGCCUGUCACGAAACAGACCAAAAAGAAGGGCAAGAAGGGCAAGAAAAGCAAGGGCAAGGCCAAGAAAUCCGCUGGCAAAGAUAUGGCCGACAUGUCGAUUGAGGAGUUCGAGGCGCAGCUGGCUGCAAUUGGUACAGCCCUUCCCGAUGCCCAUGCCAGCGGCGGCAACAGCGACACAGGCAGCCGCAAGCACUUGACCGGAGGCGUAGGUCUAACGGCAGAGCAGCAGAAGAACCGUGCUCUGCUGACUGCCGAAGCCCGGCACCUGGAUGCUGAAGCUGAGAUCAAGCGGCUGUUUGGAUCCGUGGCUGUGCGUGAUGCAGGCAAGCGCAAGGUGCCGCAGAGCCGGCUGCCCAGGCGACUUGCACUGUCGCAUCCAAAGAUGGCGUGGCCGCCGAUGCGUACUGACCCAGGUGUUGAGAUGGAGGUGCUGGACCGCGAGACUGCCGAUGCUGAAAUGCAGGAGAUCAUGGACGGCGACCGGACUGGCGGAGUGUGGUUCGGCAUCACGCACAGCGCACGGUUCCGCACGAUCCAGCUCGAGUUCCUCAGCUGUGUAAUGACACACAACGCCGAUGGCGUAGCGGCGCUUGUGUACCAGCACCCGUACCAUGUCGAUGCGCUGCUGCAGCUGAGUGAGAUUAUCAAGCAGACUGGCGGCGAUUUCGGCGAAGCCGCAGAGCUGGUUGAGCGUGCCCUGUAUGCGUUUGAGACUGGAUUUGCGACCAAGUUCAGCGCCACCAACGGCUUGUGCCGGCUGGAUUUCAGAAAGAUCGAGUCACGGUCGCUGUUUCUGGCAGUAUUCCGCAACAUGCAGUUUAUGGCCAGGCGCGGGUGCUGGAGGACUGUUUUCGAGUUCAACAAGGUGCUUCUGUCGCUGGACCCGCAACAGGAUCCGCUGGGCGCACUGCUGACGCUGGAUUUCCAUGCGCUGAAGGCAAAGCAGUUCGAGUAUGUGAGGUCGUUUGUGAGCAACUGGACAUUAUCGCCGGUGGAUCUGCCAAACUGGGCGUUCUCUCGGGCACUGGCCGAGUUUAUGUUUGAGAACUCGCGUGCCGGGAAGACAGCAGCUACUCAGGGCGAGCGCAAGCAGAGCCUGGAGAUGCUGGUCGCUGCGAUCCUGCGGUUCCCAACGGUAGUGCCAAUGCUGUGGAGCAAGGCCAACAUCGAUGUGGACCCGGUGAUUCUGACCCACCCGUACUUCCAAGAGACUACGGUUCCCGAUGAGUCAGCCAUGACACAUAUGCAGCUGAUGGUGACGCUGUUUGUCGAGCGCAAUUUCCCGCUGUAUCGCACCCCCGAGGUCACGCGGUGGUUGCAAGAGGGUCUGCUGCUGGCUCUCGAGCGCAUCACCAACGAUGAGCUUGGCAUGCAAAAGGACUUGAAGCGGGAUGAGGAUAUUGCCAAGCGCAAGGAGUUCCGCAAAAAGCUCUGCACUUAUAAUGUGCCCGAGAAUAUCUGCCGCCACGUGCUGGUCGCCGACAUGGAGGCGCUGAAGAGUGCGCUGCCAGAGGAGAUCCGCAAUAUGGAAACAUUUGCGUUCGACCCCCUGCCGCCCCAGAACAAUAUCAAUAUUUAUGACGAGAUUCUGGGUGAUCGCGGGAUGGGCGGUGUGGUGAUGCCGGGUGGCUUGGAUAUCGAGGACCUGGAGUUGGCUGAGGAUGGUGGACUGGGCGCCAUUGGGAGGCUGGUAGAGCGGUUAAGGCAGCAGCUAGGGCUGGGCGCGGGUGGCGGCGAGGAUCCAGGCACCAGUGAUGAAGAGGACUUCAUAGAUGCAUUAGGGCUGGAGGACGAGGAGGAGCUGAUGAAUGCCUUGGCUAUGGCUGACGAGGCGGAUCGGAACAGACCUAACGGCGCGGAUGGACCUGAUGGCCCGAAUGGCCAGGAUGAGGAAACAGGGCAAUAGCAAUGUCGUUUGGUUUACCGCACAUAGCUUUAGAAAUACAUUCCUUGUGGC